AUGACGACCAUCUACGUGGACUCCAGGAACCGCGUCUCGGGCUCCGACAGCAACUUCACCUUCGAGCUCCCGGAGACGCUGCACAUGCAGACGAGCGCCAAAAUGGCGGUCUACAAGGUGCGCAUCGCGGACGCGUUUCUGAGCACCGACAGGGGCACGCACCUGUACUGGAUCGACGUGGCGCUGGGCACGCUGAACACGGCGGAGCUGCCCGUGGGCGCCUACACCGGCGCGCGGCUGGCGGCCUGGAUCUCCUCCAACUUCGCGGCCGCCACCUACGUGGAGGCCACGAACGCCGUCGAGGUGGCCUACGACUCGAAUCGGCGCAUACUCUCGGACGCGGAGCUGCGGGACCUGUUCCCGAACGGCCCGGGGUACCCCCAGGGCGCCUCCGCCACCCGCCCGCAGAGCAUCAACCACCUGCUGGGCGGCAGCUACCUGGACGGCGCGCUGCAGAUCUUCCCCUAG